AUUAAGUCACCCAUUUUGAAACUUUGGGGGUUUAAAAUGUUUCUAAUUUUUAUGUGUUAUCAUUUUAAAUGCAUUAUUCUUAAAUUGGCCAUGAUUUUAUUUUUAAGUUAUAUUUCAUUCUGAUACUAAUUCAGUAUUCCAUAAUUUAAUAUAAAUAGAAUAGUUCAGCUAAAUAUUAAUAUUCUGUCAUUUACUCACCCUCAUGUUGUUCCAAUCCCAUAUGGCUUUCUUCCAUGGAACACAAAAGGAGAUGUUAGGGACCGACAGCUUCAAUUACCAUUUGCUUUCAUUGUAUGGAUAAAAGAGCAGCAUCAAUAUUCUUCAAAUUUCUCUCGUGUCCCAUAGAAGAAAGAAAAUCAGUUGGAUUUGGAAUGAAAUUAGAGUGAGUUCUAUAAAUGUUGACAGAAUUUCCAUUGUUGGCUGAAAUAACCUUCAAAUAUGUUACUUUUCUGAAUGUUUUUAGGUUUGUGCAGUUGAUAGAGGUCUUGAACUGAGUUUUUGGAUCUAAAGCCAAUGUUCAGAUCACAUCAUGGCUGUCAGUUUUACAGAAGUCACUCUUCAGCCUCCAGUAUGCCCAGGCGAACCCUCAACCCCCAACCUAAAACGUAAGCAUCUAAUGUGGCAGAAUGCAGUACGUCAUAUUAUCGACCAACGAGGAAUGCACCAUGAGGGGCGACUAGCCAAUUCUCGCAAAAUCAUUGUUACUGAUGCCUACAUCGAUGACAUCAACAGACAGAUUCGUAACAAAGCUGCACGGGGCAAUGCUGGCUUUCACAAGCGACGGUCAUCUGCAGCCCGUAUCCAUCCAGUCCGAGAGCGCAACUCCACCAGCACCCAGAAAUCCUCUGACUCUCUAAGUGAUGCAGACUUUUUCGAAAGCUGGGGCUCCACGGUGCGUGGUGUCUUUCUUCCGGCCCUCAACCACAAGUUUAAAUCUCAGGAUCUAGAGCGCUUGUACCAGCAACACUCCGCUGGUCAGCGCCGAACUUCACUUGUAGUCACAAAUGUCAUUGAUAUCCUAACAAAACUCCAUAUUUUCUUCAUUUACCUGGUUAUGGCCCCAGAGAUGGUGAAUUCUCAGCUUGGAUGGUUAGCUGGGCUCUUCAUGGCUCUUGGAGCAGUUUUAUGUAUCUUAGUCCUCACCUGUAAAGGAGUAAUGUCUCCGGAUUACUUGCGUUAUGCUGGGUUGGCGAGCUGGCUGUCCCAGACAGUGCAGGCGCUUGGUGGUGUGGUGUAUGGGUUGGAAAAGGACCAGUCCUGGUAUGUGCUAUUCACCUUGUUUGCUACCUACACACUACUGCCACUACCUCUACUGUGGUCUAUCUGCACAGGGUUUCUCACUGCUGCCUUGCACCUGAUGGUAGAUGCCCUGAGGAACUACAAUGACACAGCCAUUGUAAGAAAGCUAAUUGCGAAAGCUCUGUUGUACAUGUGUAUGAACACUGCAGGACUGUUCAUCCAUUACCUGUCUGAUCGUGCCCAAAGGCAGGCCUUCCUUGAGACACGCCGUUGCAUUGAGGGACGAGUCAAGAUGGAGCGAGAGAACCAGAGACAGGAGCACUUGGUGAUGUCAAUUCUUCCUCGUUUUAUUGCUACUGAAAUGAUUUCUGAUAUGACUGCUUUGGAUGAUGAAUUGCUUCCUCAACAAUUCCACAAGACCUACAUCCACCAAUACAAAGAUGUCAGUAUUCUGUUUGCUGAUAUAAAAGGCUUCACCUCUCUCUCAAUGACAAUGUCGGCUCAGGACCUGGUGCGCACACUCAAUGAGUUGUUUGGUCGCUUUGAUCGUCUUGCAGAGGAAAAUCACUGCAUGAGGAUAAAGAUUCUUGGAGACUGUUAUUACUGUGUGUCUGGAGUUCCAGAGCCCCAAACAGCACAUGCUCGCUGCUGUGUGGAAAUGGGCCUGGCCAUGAUCAACACUAUACGAUAUGUACGGAAGGAGUUGAAGAGAGAUGUGGACAUGCGUAUUGGAAUCCACUCUGGCUCGGUUUUAUGUGGGGUUUUGGGUCUGCAGAAAUGGCAGUUUGAUGUUUGGUCCUGGGACGUAGAUGUUGCCAACAUGCUAGAGGCUGGAGGAAUCCCAGGGAGGAUUCACAUAUCUCGAGCAACCCUGGACUGUCUAGAGGGUGUAUAUGAGACGGAAGAGGGCAGAGGCCAUGAGCGGAAUGAGUUUUUACGCAAACACAACAUCGACACAUUUCUGAUACGCCACAAGGCAAAAGAAGACAAGGAGCCCCUUAAAAUGAGGAAGACUAGCAAAGAUGAGACGACAUGGAGUGCCGAGCUUCCCUUUGACAACAUCAUUGGCAUGAACUGCAUCCUAGCCACUUUCACCAAUGGUUCGCUUGUGCAGUUGCCCAAUCAGAUCACUGCUCAAUGUGCCGGGUCACGGGAAAUCAACAAGAGAAUCAAGCAGGCCAUCGAGGUGCGCAGUAGUGAGCGAAUGCGCAAAGAACACAUCACACCCUUUACACUGGUCUUCAAAGAUACACACAUCGAGGGAAAGUUUUCUCAGAUGAGAGAUGAAAUGUUCAAGUCCAACUUAGCCUGCUCCUUCCUCAUGCUUCUCUUCAAUAUGGCUGUUCAGGCCCUCAUUCCCUCACCACAAAUCAGUCCUAUGGUAAUCCAGUUUCUAGUAUUCCUAUUUGCCUACAUGCUAUUGCUGCUGGUCACACUGGCUGAGGAAUUUAAGCGCUCCCCACCAUACCUACAACAUCUGUGCUGCUGGAUCCACGAGACUAAGGGCAUCCGAAACCUGCUCACCCUCACCGCUAUUGCUAUUAACUUUGGUGUGGCCUCCUCUGAUAUUUUGUGGUGUAACAUAGUUGUGGAGGCUGAGGAUAGUAACAAAAUCUCUGAGCAACAAAGCGCUCAGUGGCCAGCGAACAUCUGCACCCACCCUGAGUUCUUUGUGUUGAGUGGGGUGGUGGCCAUGGUGACAUGUGCGGUGUUCCUGAGGCUUAGUUGUCUGUUGAAGCUGGCAGUACUGAUGUUGGUCAUCGCCGUUUACACAUACCUCAUUGAGGUAGCCUUCCAUGUGCUCUUUAUUCGCCAACAAGAAAAUGGCCAAAUUCAGAGAUCUCAAUAUCUCAGACGAGAAGGCAAUUCUGUGCUGCUCAUGGCAAUGUUUGUUGUGGUUGUCCUCUACAACAGUAGACAGUUAGAAACUACAGCCAGGCUUGACUUCUUGUGGCGUCUGCAGGCCAGACAGGAAAUGGAGGACAUGAAGGAACUGAGGGAACAUAACGAGUGUCUGCUCUACAACAUCCUCCCUGCCCAUGUUGCUCAACACUUUCUUGAGAGAGGCAGGAACAAUGAGGACCUGUUCUCUGAAUCCUAUGAGAGAGUUGGGGUGAUGUUUGCUUCCAUUCCAGACUUCACCAAUUAUUACGAGAAAAAAGAGUUGAUUCAUCAGGAUGUGGAGUGUCUGCGUGUUCUUAAUGAGAUCAUUGCUGACUUUGAUGAGCUGCUGGACGAGCCUUACUUCCAGGAGAUAGAGAAGAUCAAAACCAUUGGCAGCUGUUACAUGGCUGCAUCUGGCUUAUCUCCUGAAAAACAGGUAUGUGAAGAUGAGUGGGCCCACCUUAGUACCCUGGUUCUGUACGCUUUGGCCAUGCAAGAAACUCUGAAAGAAAUAAACAAACGGACCUCAAACAAUUUCCUGUUGCGCGUUGGUGUUUCUCAUGGGCCUGUAGUUGCUGGGGUGAUUGGAGCCACCAAGCCCCAAUAUGAUAUUUGGGGCAUGACUGUGAAUCUUGCAAGCCAUAUGGACAGCACAGGGGUCAGUGGGCAUAUUCAAGUCCCAGAGGGCACGAGCCGUAUCCUUGCUGACCACGGCUUUGUGUUAAAGCUUAGAGGAGACAUAUACGUCAAAGGGGUUAGCGAACGGCGGGGAGGGGUCCGCACAUACUUUGUAAGCAGCAGGGAACAGAGGUCAAACUACACUGAGAGAACCAGCAGAGGCAUCUUUCUCGGGAGGAACACCCUCUCUGCGGUGGUCUUUUCCCUGGUGCAUGCCCGCAAGAAGGAAAAGUUACGAGAGGCCAAUGGAGGCUUUCACCUUAUGGAGAUGUCAUGAAUUUUGAUAGACUGGCCCAAAACUGGAUAGUAAUCAUAUUUAAUACCUCCUUUCAUGAGUCAUUGCCUUCAAGAGAUUUUGAGUGUACUCUGUAUUUCAUUCUUCAACUUUAUUUAUCUUGUAUGACCAGAUUUCCAAUGGCUUCUACUGCUUUUUCAAAGUCAUUAUCAUUUGCUAACAAAUAUUGUUUCUGGAUUUGAUAUCGCUGGGAUUUAUGACAAUUUUAAACCUUAAAAUUUAGGAUUGUAAAGGGCCAAAAUAAA